CAGGCCGGCCCGGGGGCGCCCCUCCCCUGAGCGGAGCCUCCUUCAAAGGGGCUGGGGGGGGUGUGCUCUUGACAUCUUGUUAUCCAUCUUCGCAAAGGGGUCCCAGCCCUUGUAACCCCCCUCCCUGCCCCAUUUGUAAUCUAGAACUUGCGGUGGUUUCAGUUCCGUGGCUUCGGCUGUCGUUGCAGAAAGUGCCCGGGACUAGCCUCUUGCAGCAGAGACACAGUCCGGCCCCUGGAGCACGAGAGCUUCUUCCGCAAGUCUCUGUUUUCAGGGUUGGCCCGGCCCAAGACGUUUUGCUGCCUGAGCGGGGAUGAGGAUUUUUUGCAAAAGGAUACUUAAGUAAAUGCUAAGGUACUUUGCAUUAGCAAAUGUUUGGCUGCCCUGUGUUGGGAGUUGUAGCCCAACAACAUCUGGGCACCAGGCAGACAAAGGCUGCCCUAAAGAGUGAUCUAAUUUAGUACAUUUGUUUUACUUUUAUUUCAUAAGCUGCUUUGGCUGUGUGCAGUAAAGCUAACCAACUGAAUAUAUUCUAUAAGCAAUGCUAAGAAGGUUGAAGCUGCCAGCCUUACCUAAUAAUGUAUUUGUAGUUUGCAUCCAUUCACUGUUACUGGAGAAAUUAUUUCUGGCACCGAAAAAAGUUUCCACCCCACAUCACUGUGCUUCAGGGAGAGCAGGAACAAUGAAACCCUCACCUUGUCCUGCUCUUGUUGGAGUGUAUAAGACACAAGACUGGCAAAGUUAUGUUGACACUUUGGACAAGCAUUUCUUCUCCUUUAUGGCAGUAAAAAUGCAAUAAUAAAUUGAAUUUAUUCAAUUUGCUGCCCCCUCGAGUUGACCAGAAUUCCACUCUGCUGAUCCUGUCUGUGUUGUGUUUGCUGCAACAUACUGCUAUCCACUUGAGAAGUUGUAUCUUGGAACUUUGCUGUGAUUUUUAAAAUUUAAUUUUAUACUACUUCAUCCCAUACCACCCCACCUAUUUUAUCUUCACAACAACUUGUGGGAUAAGAUAGACUGCAAGAGAGAGUGGCCGCCCAAGAUCACACAGGGGCCUUCAGGGCUGAGUGUGACUUUGAAUCUGGGUCCUCCCAGUCCUAGGCCAGUACUCUGAGCACUAUGUCGUGCAGUCUGCCUCACUGACUUUUUAAAUUCCUUCUAUUCAAAGUGGUGUAUGGUUCUCCCCUGUCCCCUGUUCUCCUUGGCUACAAUCCUGUGAAGUACAUGAGGUGCUGAAUUAUCCAGGUUCACCUAGCAAACAGUGUAGCUGAGCAUGGAUUUGAACACCCAGCACUCUUAUAUUACACUGGCUUGUCAUCGUCCCUCUGCAAAUUGUUUUGUGGUCACACACACACAGAGGACACAUGACAAAGCUGGGGUGGGGAGAACAGCACCUGUGCAGCUUUUUAAAGGGCACAGGAUACCAGAUUUCAAAGAAGAAGGCACUGUUCAUAAGCAUGAAUUGUACCAGGGAGGAGUACAGUUCUUCCUUUAGCAGAACUGUGACAUAAAUGUCAGCAGCCCUAGAAGGAUGUGGCCUGAAGCGUUUGACAAGGUAUUCAUUCAGUUCUGCCAUCUUCAGGCUUCCCUUGUGAUGCCUUCCUUCCUUCAUGUACAUUGAGUACCAUGAGUGGGUUUCAGCAACUCUCUGAUUCACAAGUGGGGAGGCUAACGUACUUUCCUUUAACUUGCAUACCUACUUUUUAUAUGUCAAAUAAGCUUACAUCUGGAGCUCUGGUUCUAAUUAUUAUUACUGAUUGAGAGUGCAGAACGGGGCAGUCAUAAAUUAUUCCAGUCAUUAUUCUGAAAUAGUAGCAUGACUUGAAAUUCCUUAACAAAUAAUUAACAUCAUGAACUCAGAAGAAAAUUGAAUAUGCUGACUCGACCAAGUGGACUUACCAUUGACGACUCUAAACUUGAUGGGCCUUUGUUACAAAUUUUAUUUAUGAACAAUACUGUUUCGAAGCAAUAUCAUCAAGAAAUAGAAGAUUUUAUAUCUUGUUUAGUUCAAAAAUAUGAGGAGCAACAAAGUGCUGAAUCUGACAAGACCUACUUCAAUGUUAAGCCGCAGCCUUCUAGUUUUAUGUUGGAAGAAGACCAUAAAGUGACAAUCUCAAAUACAUCAAAAAAAAUCAAGGAGGCCUUUAGUGUUGUAGGAAGUGUUCUCUAUUUUACCAAUUUUUGUCUUGAUAAACUGGGGCAGCCUAUAUUAAAUGAAAACCCUCAGCUGACAGAUGGAUGGGAAAUACCCAAAUACCAGCAAGUUUUCACGCAGAUUCUUUCUCUAGAUGGACAGGAGAUACAAGUAAAGCCUAAAAGCAGGCCAAAAUCUCACUGCUUCAAUUGUGGCUCUGAAGACCACCAAAUGAAAGAUUGUCCACAGCCACGAAAUGCUGCCCGUAUAAGUGAAAAAAGGAAGCAGUUUAUGGAUGCUUGUGGGGAAGCAGGAAACCAAAACUUCCAACAGCGGUACCAUGCAGAAGAAGUUGAAGAAAGGUUUGGAAGGUUCAAACCAGGAAUAAUUAGUGAGGAACUUCAGGAUGCACUUGGUGUCACUGAUAAGACUCUUCCGCCUUUCAUCUAUCGAAUGCGGCAACUGGGCUAUCCCCCAGGUUGGCUCAAGGAGGCAGAAAUGGAAAAAUCUGGACUAACACUCUAUGAUGGAAAAGCAUCUCCUGGUGGUGAAACAGAGGCAGAAGAAUAUUACCAACAGAAUUGGCGUGUCACUUAUGAUGUCUCUAAGUUGAUAAACUAUCCAGGUUUUAAUAUGUCCACUCCGAAUGGAGUAACAGAUGAAUGGAGGAUGUUUGGUUCCGUUCCCCUUCAGCCCAGUCAGCAGAAGGAUAUCUUUGCCCACUAUCUUUCUACCUAUCAUUCGUCAAGCCCAAAGUCCAGCAAUAAAAGAUCUUCAUUUCACCAGAACGCUCAUCAUCCAAAAAGACAGAAAGGAAACACUGCUGAAGUAUCAUCAGCUGACAUGGAGAUGGAUUCUGACUUUGAAGCUCCACACAGUUCUCCUGGUUAUGAUAGCUUCCAGUUCCAACCUCCACUGCCUCCAGGGUCACCACUGAACGCCACUCCUCCCCCAUUGCCACGGGGGACCCCUCCGUGUACUCCCCCCAACAUUACCCCUCCCCGGCUUCCUCCAUGUAUUCCCCUACCAGUCACCCGUGAUACUCCACCUUUGACUCCUUCCAGUGAUUCUGCUCCACUGAGAGCAGAGGGCUCUGCUAUGGAUGAAGACACUUUGACUCUGGAAGAGCUUGAGGAGCAGCAGCGCCUCAUUUGGGCAGCCCUGGAGCAAGCAGAUAGUGCAAACAGUGACUCUGACAUACCUGGAGAGAAUCCUUUAACAGGAAACUCUGUAGCCUCAUCACCGUCUCGAAUUGAGUCAGACAUUUUCCCAGAAGAAAUAACAUGCAAGAAGCUGGAUGUAUUGGAACUUGGGACUUCAGACAACAGUGAACAGGUACUCAAAGCAGAAGAGUCUGAAAAGAAACAGAUUUCAGGUGAUGAACUGAUUGAUUUGACAGACAAUGAAGAACCGAAUCCCAUGGAUUCUGAAGGCAGUGUUGAGAACUGCCCCUCAACCUCAGUGUCCAGGGUAAGCCACAGUGACUCUCCUGUGGUCAUCAGUGCUGAGGUGUCCAAAAAUGCCAGCCCUGUCCCUGACAUGAGCAAGUUCGCUGCUGGGAUAACACCUUUUGAAUUUGACAAUAUGGCUGAAUCUACUGGGAUUUACCUCCGAAUAAGAAGUGUGCUAAAGAACUCUCCUAGGAACCAGCAGAAAAGCAAGAAGGCUUCCUCCUAGGUGCCCUAUUACUACUAUUGGAUACUACUCUGUACUUGCUUUAUAAAUAAUGACCAAGUAAGAACAGACACAUUGAAAGCUCCUGCUUUGUUCCUCCUAUAAUUAUGUUACUUGUUUUAAAAAGUGCAGUGUACAGAGCUUCCAUUUUGACUUCAGGGCCUGUUGCUGCCUAAAACCAAUGUUUCUGCUAAUACAAGAAACUGCUACCAAGUGAGUUAACUUUUCUGAAAAUGUUUCCUGAAUAUGAGUUAAUCUUUCUGACCCUGUUUGACUUGUGAAGUUAGAGCAGCGGCAACUGCAGGAUUUUGUCUGUGCUUUCUGCAUCACUGUAAACCAGUUUAUUCUCAGUAGUUUUUAAAAGGUUCUCAACCUUUUACAUGGUUUCUCCUUCAUUUAAAAUAGAAAAAUUGUAGCAAUGAAAUGGGAAUAAUCAGGGGUUGUUUCACAAUUAUCCCUGCCCUUUUUGAAGAGUUUUAUAAGUAAUUUAUGUGGGUCAGAUUUUUUUUAGUACUACCUUCUUUCUUCUUUCUUUUUAGUAAUGUCCCAUAUUUGAACUUGCUGUACAUACAUAUUGAUGCUUCUGUACAGAGGUUUAAUAAAAAAAAAUUUCAUAA